AUGGCAUUCCUCACACUCGUCCCCGUCGAGCGCCCUGCUUCCGUCGUACCCAAGCAUCUAUCUUCGCCCACUAUCACUCGCACCUCGACUCCGACGGACAACAGCAACGCCAACACUAACGGCACUAGAGCAGAAAAGCCCGUUAUCCGCAACGACCACGACUCCGCCACGUCACUGGCCGCCAAGGCCAAGGACGCCGUCGUCACAACUACAAGUGAUGAUCCAGCGCCCGGGUGCAAAUUCCUGCAAUUGACGCCGGGUGUCUACGAAAGCAGCGACUCGGCCGAGGUUCCGCGUCAAGGCUCCGACUCAAGUUUAGGCUCAAUCAAGGUCGGGUUUGAAGUCUCGAGCGCAAGUGCUGCCGAGGACGGACGAGGCGGCCAGGAGCGAAGAGGGGAAAGGGGGCGGGGGUGCAGCAGACUUGUUUGUAUGCAAUUAGACAUAGACACAGGUAGUGAGUGA